AUGGGAGUUAGUGAGAUCUCACAUGUGAAAGGUUUGCUUACGGCUGUUCAUAAGGACUACUUUAGAGUUGUGAACUCUAGAGAUUUGCUUUUCAAUGAUUGUGGUGACCGAGUCGCGCAGUUGCUACAUGUAGAAUUAGUUCCUCCUUACUCUCAGUACGAUGCUCAUCAGCAAGUUUUGAUCGUUAACACUCAUUUGAUUUUUCCUCAUGAUUCUACACUCUCUAUUGUAAGAUUGCAGCAGGUUUAUAAGAUUCUUCAGUAUGUUGAAUCUUAUCAGCAAGAAGAUAAUCUCAGUCCAAUGCCUAUUAUACUUUGCGGAGAUUGGAACGGAAGCAAGAGAGGACACGUCUACAAGUUUCUCAGGUCACAGGGCUUUGUGUCGUCUUACGACACUGCUCAUCGGUACACAGAUUUAGAAUCUCAAAAGUGGGUAAGCCAUAGGAAUCACCGGGGUAACAUAUGCGCUGUCGAUUUCAUAUGGCUUCUAAAUCCAAAUCGGUAUAGAAAGCUUCUAAACACAAGUUGGAGUGAGGCUGUGUUUGGCAUGUUCAGGUAUCUACUGAGAAGAGCUUCACUAACAGCUGAAGAUGCUUUUGCCGUUCUUAAAACCGACAAUGAUGGUGAUUACAUUACAUUCAUGGGCUUCUGCGAGACUCUUCGACAGCUCAAUCUUACGGGUCAUUGCAAUGGACUUACGACAAAAGAGAUCAAGGAUCUGUGGAUUCAAGCUGACAUUGAUGGAAACGGUCUUGUAGAUUACAAGGAGUUUCAGCAAAGAAUUUGGAAUCAAACGUGGUCUGAACAGAGAGAUACAGAGGACGGAGAAGCAAAAGGUAACCAAGAAUAA